AUGUCUGCAGGUCACGUCCUCGGCUUUCUCUGCUUCACCGGCCUGGCCGGGGCGGCGGUGGAGACGGCGGCGGCCCGGCUGCCGCGGCUGACGUACGCCGGCUCGGCAAAUGUGACGGUGACGGCCGGGCAGACGGCACGGCUGCUCUGCAAUAUACAGGAGCUCGGCGACAGGGCGGUGUCUUGGAUCAGGAAGCGGGACUUGCACAUCCUGACCACGGACAUCUUCACCUACACGUCUGACGCCCGCUACCAGGCUGCCCACACGGAGGGAUCGGCCAACUGGACUCUGCUCGUCAAAUACGCGCAGGCAAGAGAUUCCGGUGUUUACGAAUGUCAAGUCAACACGGAGCCCAAGCUGUCUCUGGCCUUUUACCUGCGAGUGGUCGAUGCGUUUGCCACAAUUCAAGGGCCGCAGCACGUUUACGCCAAGGUAGACUCCACGCUUCGUCUCACAUGUGUGGUGAACAUGCCGACAAAAAGUGAAGCGAACGUGACGUGGCUGCUGGACGGCGCGCCGCUCGGCCCGGAGCGCUGGGUGACCGAGACCUCCGCCGAGUACGUCACCUCCCGCCUGGAGAUUCGCAGCGCCGGCAGGCAGGACUCGGGCACGUACACGUGCGCGCCUGCCAGUGCCGCGCACGCCCACGUGCAGGUGCACGUCAUCAGCGGGGAGCACCCGGCGGCUAUGCAGCACGGCGAGGCUGCAGGGCACCAUACAACACCCCACUUUUUGGUGGCGCUCCUCUGCUAUACCGCUGUUGUAUGUGCUAGAUAAUAAAAUGGGC